AACCUCUACAGCAACAACAUGAGUUUCUCAACUCUGUUUAUAAAAGUCUUAACACAUAUUCCAAGAUAUAGAUUAUCACACCGAGUUAAUAUUUUUGGCCCUGGACGUUUGUUAGGGCUUAAAUGUAGAUGUAUCUUUACACAUGAGACUAACGAUUACGUUAGACUUAAACGUAAGGACUUACAUGUGAACUCUGGGUUUGGUGUUCUCCAUGCAAGUGGAACUGUUGAUUUUGUUAUAAAACCUGCUUGUAUUCAGAUCUUGAUGUUAAGUUGUUUGACAAAGCUAGUGUACAUAUUCUGGGGAUGGAGGCAGAUGAAGUCAAUUUAUCUACUGAAGAGGGUGACGUGAACACUCAUGGGCUCAAAAGUCAUAAUAUUCAUAUUACCACUAAUCAUGGCAAUAUAACCUCUGAAGGAACUAUGCAAGGAAGCCUUUUUAUCUGGGCUAAGAAAACACACAUUAAAGCCAAAAGGCUUCAAGGACUAAUGUUGAAUAUUGAAGCUGAGGAAUUAAGCACUGCAAUUGAUUCCUCAUACAUGAAUGAAGGUCAGAUAUCAGCUAAAUGUGGAGAUGUCAUCAUAAAAAAUCUUCAUGGCUGCACUGAUUUAUUAAUCAAACAAGGGAGAAUUUUUAUCACUGGGUUUCAUGGGCAGCUUUCUGGCUUUGUCGGAUCAGGUCAAGUUGAUAUUCAAGUCACUGACGUCACAGCAAAUUCAACACUUCACAUAAAUGAGGGAAGUUUAGUGCUUUCAAUCCUUGAGAAUCCCAGGUAUGUUUGUUCAUUAUUCUUUUUGUCUGUCUACGUAAUCUAAAAUUUAGCCAAGUAU